UUUAUUCUCAUAUCACCUCCCUGAAGCAAUCUUUAGGGCUCCCGGAUUUUCCAUAUAGACAAUUGGCUCAUCCUAGUUUUCCAGAACUUUGGGAGUUAGGGGUAUACUCUUUGAUGGCUUUUUAAAGAAGGUUUGAAGCAAUUUUACUUUGUCCAAGAAGAUAGGAUGCCGUCUGCUUAUUUUUUGAGGCUGACAAGUGCUGUUCGAAAUGGAAUCCAGAGAACAGAAUGCGUACCACAAGAUUCACUUGAAGUUCUCAUUGGAAAAGGGAAGCUAGGGUUUAGAAAUUAUAGGUCUUUUCGUUCUUCAAGGUUUUUGGGACUUGUUGAUUUGCAAGGACUUCUGCGAACAGGGACAGUUUUGGCUGCAAGCUUGGAUUCUCUAUCAGUUAACCGACGAAGGAACAUAUCUGUUGUUGGAGUUUUUGCUCAAGCAAUUUUUGUUCCAUCUGUUUCAGGCCCUGCCUUUCAGGUUUGUGGUUAUCAUAUUGAUUCUUCCCUUGUUAUUCCCGGUCCAAUACCACUGCCUGUGAGCAAAUUUCAGAGUACCCCUAUGGCUUCUUCUUGUUCUGGGGUUGUAAUUGGUGGAUAUCUUAUUCAUACAUCGAAGUUAAAGCACCGGCACCUUUCAUCAUCCACAAGUAAUGGUGAUAUCUUUUAUGGAAAUAGAAGUUUGAAUAGCCGCAUAAUUCCUAGAACGAGUUUGAAAAACCAGGAGAAAUCUAACAAUCGUCCAAUUUAUAGACAUUUCAUGUACAGUGCUGGAAAAAGAUGGUUCAACUUUAAUCCGUCUUCAGGUUCAGGUUCAGGUUCAAGGGCUGUCCACAGUUCAUUGCCUUCUAGUUUAUUAUCUGGGACUGUCCCUGAUGUUUCCUUUGAUGGUUCUGGAUGUGAAGAACUGGCUUCCGGUUCUGGAUGUGAAGAACUGGCUUCCAGUUCUGGGUCAUCAGAAGAGAAGAUUUCAUCCGGCAAAACUCUGAAGCUGCUUUCAGGUUCAUGCUAUCUUCCUCAUCCUGAUAAAGAAGAUACUGGAGGAGAGGAUGCUCAUUUCAUAUGCGUGGAUGAACAGGCUAUAGGUAUAGCAGAUGGAGUUGGUGGAUGGGCUGAUAUGGGUGUUGAUUCAGGGCAGUAUUCUAGGGAGCUCAUGUCUAACUCUGUAUCUGCUAUCAAGGAGGAGCCUAAGGGCUCAAUCGACCCUGCUAGAGUCUUAGAGAAAGCUCACUCUAGCACAAAGGCUAAAGGCUCCUCUACAGCAUGUGUUAUAGCACUCACCAACCAGGGACUUCAUGCCAUAAAUUUGGGAGACAGUGGUUUUAUGGUGAUUCGAGAUGGAAGUACUAUAUUUAGAUCCCCUGUUCAGCAGCAUGAUUUCAACUUCACAUAUCAGCUUGAGAGUGGAAGUAAUGGUGAUUUACCUAGCUCUGGUCAGAUCAUUGAUGUUGCCGUUGCUCCUGGAGAUGUUGUAAUUGCUGGCACGGAUGGACUGUUCGAUAACAUGUACAAUAAUGAAAUUACUGCAGUCGUGGUUCAUGCUGUGAGGGCUGGUUUUGGUCCUCAAGUGACUGCUCAGAAGAUAGCAACAUUGGCACGGGAUCGAGCACAGGCUAGAGAUCGACAAACUCCUUUCUCAACUGCUGCUCAAGAUGCUGGGUUCCGUUAUUAUGGAGGAAAACUGGAUGACAUAACUGUUGUUGUGUCGUAUAUUACUAGCUCUGAGGAAGCUUCAAGCAAAAGGAGCUGAAUUAUGGGCAGUCGCCUUCCAGUUUCCCUACAUCUAAAU